UUAUCCUCUUCUUCUACCGUUGCAUUGUCCAAAAUGCCCAUGUUAAAGGCCACAACUGUGCCUGCUGCCUGCGCCCCUCUCUCCACAGUGUGCUCGGGCGAAAACUGUCUCGUUCCUCCCGGCAACUUCAACGAGACACUGGGCCUGGUACUGAGCACUGUACUCACUGUGAUGCUCGCUAUGGUCAUGUUCUCCAUGGGCUGCACCGUGGAGGUCAAAAAGCUGUGGGGCCACAUCAAGAGACCCUGGGGCAUCCUCAUUGGCUUCCUGUGCCAGUUUGGAAUCAUGCCUUUCACAGCCUUCGCCCUGUCGCUGGCCUUCGGUGUGCUGCCAGUGCAGGCUGUUGUCAUUAUCAUUAUGGGCUGCUGUCCUGGAGGCACCGGCUCCAACAUCAUCUGCUACUGGCUGGAUGGAGACAUGGACCUAAGUAUCAGUAUGACAGCCUGCUCCUCUAUCCUGGCCUUGGGGAUGAUGCCUCUCUGCCUGCUCAUUUACACCACCACCUGGACUUCCUCCGACACCAUCGAGAUCCCAUAUGACAGCAUUGGUAUCACUCUGGUGGCCCUUCUUAUCCCAAUUGGUGCUGGGAUUUUGGUUAAACGCAGGUGGCCCCACCUAGCAAAAAAGAUCCUCAAGGUAGGGUCCAUUGCAGGCUUCGCUCUCAUUGUCAUCAUAGCUGUGGUUGGAGGAAUUCUCUACCAGUCCUCCUGGAACAUUGCUCCCUCCCUGUGGAUUAUUGGAACUGUCUUCCCCUUCAUUGGUUUCGGCCUGGGGUUCUUCUCAGCCCGCUUUGCGGGUCAACCCUGGUACAGAUGUCGAACCAUCGCAUUGGAGACGGGUUUCCAGAACUCGCAGCUGUGCAGUACCAUUGUCCAGCUGUCCUUCAGCCCUGCUGAGUUGGAAGUCAUGUUCGCAUUCCCGCUCAUCUACAGCAUCUUCCAGCUGGUGGUGGCAGUCAUAUCUGUGGGAGCCUACCAGAUGUAUAAAAAGAGAUGUGGCGGUGGUUCAGCUGAUGCAGACAGUGAGGCUCCAUCCCUGGAAGCUGGCGACAGUGACUCAGCAAAAAAGAACGGACACGCUGUGGACAACAGUGCCUUUGAGUUUGAUAACGAUGGCCACAGCGGAGAGAAGGACGUCAAAAAGAUCACCCAGCUGUGAGAUCACAGACCUGCAAAUCACAGACUCUGGACUGAUCAGUAUGUCAGCACUACUGCAGACAGCAGCCGAACACACACACUGUGAACACACACUGCACUCUGCAGGCCGGAGCUGUACACCACAGCGCCUGUUCCAAAACAUUUUGCAAGAACCGGGAAGCCCAAGUGUCUUCCCUAGUGUGGCCCACAAUUAACUUCAAGGGGGAGCAAUGACUGAUACACUGUAUUAUAUUGUGUUGAAUUGCAUUGUAUGAAUAUACAAGACCCUCCUUUGACUUAAUUUAUUCAUAUAUUAUCUAUAUUUCUGUCAGAAAGCCUGUUGUGUCUUUACAUGUCUGAUUCAAACUUGGGGCUGGGUAUCAUUCGGGAAAAUUCCGAUACCUAAUUCUGUCCUGGGUUUUAACUUAAUAAUCCAAAGUUAAAAAAGACUUAAAGGUCAUAAAAAUCCAUUUAGAUUUAGCAAUUUGAUGAUGCAUCCACCUUAAUUACUAAAAAGUAUCGGUAUCGUAUCGGCGAUACUGGCCCUGUAUUUACUUGGUAUUGGAUCGAUACCAAAUAUUGCAGUAUUGCACACCACCACUAAGCGGGCAUAUGGUAACUUAAGAAGUAAUAUGACCUUGUGUGCUCUGAGGAAUUUGGCAUGCAGUUAACACACCAGUCCUAAUUUAACUCCUGGUGUUCUUCACCACUGUUUUGGAAGAAGGCAAAAUAUGGCUAUUAAAGUUAUUUAUUUAAAAUUUUUCUUUAAAAGUGGAUAGAGACUUUAAAGUAGUACACAACUUCUUUAAAGUGUUAAAUGAAUCAUCAUUCAUGUAACAUUCAUCAUUUAUCUGGUAAGGCUCAGAGCUGUGUCACAUGAGAGACGAUGUUUCGCAGUCAUGAAAGCCACUAACAGAGCAUAAUGCUUCUAUGUUUAAAAGAAAAGGUUAUUCUGAUGUAGCAGAUGAAAUCAGUGGUUACUACGGACCACCUUUGGCCCUUGGGCCCAGAUGCAAACUUCUGCUCUGUGUUCUCUGCUCAUUCAGUUCCUUUCACUUCUUCUAUGCCUCUUUUAGACUACAGUAGUCAAUACAUAGAGUGGGAGGGUGGGAUCGGGCGCAGGUGAUUCUUGGCUUUUUGAAAUGCAUGAGCUUGUGGUUUUACAUGUCCGUCCAAACUGAAGAAACAGGGAUAGACAGUAUAUCCCAGUAUAUUUAUGAAACAUAUUCACAGCUAAUAUGUUAGUCCUCUGUAUUGUGCAAAUGUAAAAAAAUCACAAAAUUAAAGAUUUCAUGGAUAUAUUGUAUGUACAUCAACAAAAUAUUUUACAAAACUCUUUGCUUUCCUAUUUACCAGUAUGUGUAAGUCAAGAAACGUGCCUUCUGAAAUGAUGUUUUUAUCAAAACACUUUUACAUUGUUGUUGUCUAUUUUGUUGUAAUGAUUCAUGUUUUUAUGUAAAUAUGUGAACUAUUCAGCUCAAUAAACUUAUUCAUAUUUGUUAACUUA